UCAACUUUUUAGGUCGGAACAAACAGCUGAGCUUCAUCGUACUGCUUUGUCAAGUCAUUUUUAACCAAGACGACUUUAACGCGGACGUACCCCGGUGAAGAGAAACACAAUCCGGUUAAACUUAUGAAAUAGACAGGGGACAGAGGUCUGAAGUCUUUCACUCCGAAACCUACCAUCAACAGCACCUAAAGGUGUUUAGCCUACGAGAUAAGGAGCGCAACCUGAUGGCCGAAGCCAGACGCGAGGAGGAAGAAGAAUUGAAAGAUGUCAGCGUUCUAUGCAAUCGAAAUCAAGCAACAGAUCGAUCAGAAAGGAAUAAGCCGGACCAAAUUCAGCCAAGCUCAAGACCACUGGCUUCCAUACGAGCUGCCUUCAAAAGGACUUCAGGGAGAACAACUUCCCAAAGUGACCACACGAGAGACCGAAGGCGGCCGGAGAUAACCAUUGUGUCCGCGGAGCCUCUGGCCUCUAGCUCCUGGUUCCCAGGGGCCUCUGCUCUGCCGUCCCCGCAGCCUGUCUGGGGCGCCAGUAUCCCAGUGGCGGCCAAGCCCCCACCAUCCUAUGAUCAGGUCAUCAAGGAGAAAACACAGGAGCAGGACGUCACACCAACACCACCCCCUCGUCGAUCCCACACCACAACAAUUGCCACACAGACGGACACUUUGGGCACUGCCAAUUCACCUGACCCAGAGUGCAGAACCCCUUCACAGUCCAGUUGUGAAGCACCUAAAUUGAAAAGGCCUCCUAAACCUCCACGACCAACGUUUCCUGUGAAGCCAAAGCCAGCACCAAGGGAGAGCCCACUCCAAACAGCUGCACCUGCUUUCAAUCAGAGAGAAGCAAAGAGCACACACACAGAGGAGAAUCAUUGUGCAAAUGCUCCGCUAACCAAUGCUAUUGACCCAAACACCACUGACGACCCAAAUCGCUCUCCAGCAGCAUCCACAGCAUCUGCUUUGGAAUCGGAACCCUCUGAGCCUUGUGGCAUCUCUGACAACACUGUCCCUGUCGUGUCCAAUCCUGACCCCUCGUCACCCUCUGAGUCGCCCCGGACACAGGCACCUCGGCCUGUUCCACGCCCUCGCACAAGACCCAGCAAACCUGUCCGCACGGAGGUCAAGGUUCAAACUCUAGUCCGCAUAAAGGACAGUGGAGAUGCCCCUCAGGUGAUCUCCGGCAGCAGAGACCCGUCUCCGAACCCUUACCUCAAAGAGCUGUUGGAGGUCUUCAGCGCAGACGCCGGCGCUGACCUCAGUGAUUCGGAAGGCUCCCACCGUGAACUAAGUGACGAGAGCGGAGACGACUCCUCUGACAUGAGUAUUCGCAAUAAAAUCCAGGCCUUUGAGGGCCAGGCCAGCACAAAUGACCAUGUCAGCACUCCUGUGCCUGUCCCAAGGCCCCGCAACCAACCCUCCAAACCCCCUGUGGUGGCACCUAAACCAGCACUAGUGCCACGACCCUCAGUUAAGAGACAGAUAGAUGAGAACCACAAUGACAGUGGAAACGAGGUGGCCCGUGUUGCCUCCAAAUUGGUCCCUACCCCAGCCCCACGCCCUGUGCCUCCUAAGAAGCCCUCUAUUGACCAGAGGGAGGACCCUACGGUGGCCACACCAAAGACUGCCCUCCUGCCCCCACCACGUCCUCCUCUGCAGAAUAAACCUAAUAGCUUUCCUCCUCAAGAGGAGACAGCCAUGCCUAAGGCCCCCCCACCUGUUCUGAGAAAGCCCUCCCGAGAGCUGCUGAACCACAACAACCAUAACUCCACCAGCCUCCCGGCAGCCCCCAGCAGUCCCACAGAGUGGCCCAACCCUCGCUCCUCGAGGCUUUACUCAGCUCAGAGCAGACCGGAGGAUGAGUGUGCGGAUUCUCCUGUACCAGGUCCAACUCCCCCCAAACCAGUCAGAGGAGUAGAGGGCUCCUUUAACCGUGGAGGGGUCUCGCGCAAGCCCACCAUGAUCCGGGUCCCAAGUACAUCUGCCAAGUUGGCGGAUGAUUCCCAGGAUGCCCCCCCACCUCUUCCUGUUCAGAAGCCUGUAGGAGGACCUCCACCACCAAGCCAAAGACAUAGCUUCAGAUCACAGGACACUGGCAGUGGGUCAUCUCCUGAUCCCUCACUCCCUCCAAGGCCAGCCAGUGUCAAGGUACUGCCACCUCGUCCCCCUCCAGCUAAAGCUGGCCCAGACAGACCCCCUCCUCCCAGGAAAGAGGCUUCUCAGCCUCCUACCUCAGUCUCCUCAGUGGCCAAAGGGGCGUCUCCCAACCUAGGUCAAUAUCAAGAGCGCAGGUCAUCCAAAACACCCAAAAGAGGACCUGUUCUACCCCCAAGACCUAAGCCAGGACACCUACUCUAUAAUAAAUAUACACUUGAAAUCCCUCAUGCCAUUGCCGAGUUUGACUGCAACGGAACUAAUCCAGGAGAGCUCUCCUUUCAGAAAAACGAGGUCCUGGUCUUGCUGGAUCAGAUAGACAGUAAAACCUUUGAGUGUCAGGCUGGAGCUGCUAGUGGUCGUGUGCAGAAAUCCUACAUGAAGAUCAUCACUCCGCUCUCGGCUUACUCUCACCAAGAACCUCCACAGAAUACCCAGCCAGAUCCCUCAGGAAAUGGUGGAAUGCAGGUCCAGGCUCUCUAUGACUUUAUUCCAGAGGGCCCAGGAGAGCUGCACCUGCGGGCAGGUGAUGUGGUGAAUCAAGUAGAGCAGCUGGACGAUGAAUGGUAUCUGGGAACUCUCAGAGGAGCCACAGGCUUCUUCCCUAUCAGCCAUGUUAAACUGAUGUCUGCUGUACCAUCAACCCAUGCCAAGACCUUGCCAGAAGCACCUAGCAAUGGACCCCGAUGCGUGGCGCGGUUCUCCUUUGAGGCAGAGCACAGUGACGAGCUAAUGUUUAGUGAAGGAGAUGUGAUCCAGCUGCAGGAGUACAUUGGGCAGGACUGGGUGCGGGGUAAACUGGGCACCUGUGUGGGCAUCUUCCCUCUUAACUACGUGGAGAUCAUAGAAGACCUACCGGCUCCAACAGCAUCAGAUGCCGGCCAGACCAAGAUAGCCCUGCCUGGUAUGGUGUCCUCUCCUAGCAUGCCCUCAAAACCAGAUCAGGCUGAAUGGGCGGAGGCUUUAUAUGACUUCACUGCCGAGACAGACGAUGAUCUUCCAUUCCAGCAGGGAGAUCGUAUCCUGGUAACAGCACAUUUGGAUGAGGAAUGGUGCAGUGGACGUGUCAACGGCAGAGAGGGCGUCUUCCCUAAAGCGUUUGUGCAAUUCAGCUGAGUCAGUCACUUAGUAAACACACCUAUGGCCAGAACAGCUGCUCAGAUGAUGUGCUGCACUGAUGUUAAGUGCUCUCUUACGUGCCCCAUCAUGCAUUGAAGUGCCUGUGUCAUCAUGGUCUAUACAAACAGCAAGCCAGCUCAUACCAGUUACCAGAACAAACGGUUUUGCCUCAUUUCUCUCUCCCUCCCCUCUCACUCGGGGGCAGAUGGAGAGCCAACACCUUGUGCCUGUGUCAGUGAUAUCAGCUUUAGCAUGGUCUUGGAAGCCUUGCUGUCUGCACAUUUCCCAGUCACUUUAGCCACUUUUUCCUCAACUCGAUGCCCCUGAUCUAUAACCCAGAGGAAUGAAGAAAUCCAGCUAUGGACCCAUUACCUGGGUGAACAGAAUGGGAUAAGGCUUCAGCACUGACUGCAGUGUACCAGUCCACUUUAUUUACUGGAACAAUAAUUAACCUAAAAUAGGAAUCCUCUUUGAGAAACAACGUGGCCUGACCUGAUGGCAAUGAAAGAAGUCAGUUGGUGUGGGUAUGCAAGGCUUAUUUUGCUUUCUGCUGUGCUGUAUCUCCCUCCACAUACAGUAUUUCUCACUUCAAGCGGAGGAUCAAAUCUGUCUACAAUAUUUUUAACGUAUGUUCUCUUCUGUAUUUUGUUUACAAAUAAUGUAUUUAUAUGCAUGUAAAGUCAUUAUAAUGGGAUACUGAUGUCAUAUUCCAGCACAUGAAUCCGUCAUGAUUAAUUUCUGUAGUGAACAGUGUUCAAUAAACCUAUUUUUUGGUUA